GCUCGCGCUCCACAGGCUCGGCCUGCCAGCCAACCAAGCCCAUGCCUGUGCUCUCUCCGACCGGCCCCUGAGUGGCCCGCCGCUAGCGAGGUCGGGUCGUCGGGCUCUGGUCAGGGCCCUGGCCGAACGACAGGAACCCCUCCGGCCCCGCCUCCCCCACCGCGGAACCAUCGCCUCGAGGAAUCGCGGUCGAAUAGUCGGUGACAUGCAACGAGUCGCGGCCGCUUCCAGGUGUUUCCAGUCUGGACGGGCCAGGCCGGGGUAGGUCGCAUAACGAACACGCCCCCCAGAUAUCGAGUGGGCUGCUGCUCCGCUCCAAUGGCCUCGCCGUCCUCAUAUGCCGCCAUUCCUCCCUGACGAUUGCGUCUUCUCCUCCUCUUCCUAUUCCUCAGUUCCCAGCACUUCCUACCACAUCCAGCAACACCCCAAACCGACACAAUGGCCCCCUUCGGCACUAUCUACUCCUACCCUGGCAACUUCCGCGUCCAGCGGGCCCAGAUUGCUGGCGAGUUCAACGGCCUCGAGGUCGUCCUCGCCCCGGACUUUGAGAUGCGCAAGACCAACACCACCCCAGAGUUCCUCGCCAAGUUCCCGCUCGGCAAGGUCCCCGCCUUUGAGGGUGCCGACGGCUUCUGCCUGUCCGAGGGCGCCGCCAUCGCGCAGUACGUCGCCGCCUCGGGCCCCAAGGCCGCCCAGCUGCUCGGCACCGCCGACGUCAAGACGCAGGCCCUGAUUGCGCAGUGGGUCGCCUUUGCCGACGCCGAGCUCACCAACAACGCCCUGGGCGCCGCCAUGAUGACUCUGUACAAGUUCCGCCCCUUUGACCAGGCCGCCUAUGACACGAGCGCCAACGGCAUGCUCCGCGCCCUCAAGCGCCUCGAGGUCGCCCUCGGCGGCUCCCAGCAGUACCUCGUCGGCAGCACCGUCACCCUGGCCGACAUCAUGGUCUUUGGCCCCCUCGCCUUCGCGUCAAAGUUCCUCAUCGACGACGCCAUGCGCGACGAGGUCCCCACCGUCGCCAAGUACCUCGAUGCGCUCGCCGCCCUCCCCGAGUUCGCCAAGGUCUGCGGCACCCUUGAGAAGGUCCAGACCCGCAUCACCGCUUAAGGCGUGUCGAGAUAGGGCAAGAACAAAGGAAGAGCCAAGAACGAAAUAAAAUAAAAUAAAAGAGAAACAAUAGAUACGAUGAUCAUGGCCA